AGAAUAUGACAUUGUUGCGCAAAGUCUCAUCAAAAAACAUCCUUGCCUGAGGGAGCCUGGGUCUGCCAAGGGUUGGUACUGCUGGAAAUUCAGCUUAAAAUUCAAAAUGGGAAACUACAGGAACAAGCUUCGUGCGGCAGGAUGCUCUGAACUUCAGGUAAAUCGCCGCUCCUCAGGACCAAAACAGAAGACCAAGAAAGCUAAAAAAGCUGAAGUCAAUUGUCUUCCUGACUUCCCUGAAGGACGAACCCAAAAUGUUCUGGAAGAAGAGAGAUUAGCCAUUAUGGAAGAGAUGAAGAAGAAGAAAGCUGAUAUGAAGAAAGUCAACGAAUUCAUGGCCAGCACCUUCUCCCUGCGACGAAAGCAAAUUGUAGAAGAGCCAUCUGUGGCAGAGGUGAAGACCAAGUGGCCAGCUUUGUUCACAGAGCAACAGAUCAAAGCUGAAUUCACUCAAAUCACUUCAGCUGACUUGAGAGGGUCCUUCUUUUCCGGGCUGGGACAGCAUUUGCCACGACUACUUCAGCUCUACAGGGCCAGCAGCUUUCCAGAGCUGAAAAAGGUCCUAAGCAUGCUUGAGGAGGAUAAUUCCAACCAAACAAAAGAGGAUGUCAUUCUGAGGGGCCUGCCAUAUUUCCUCCGUGAAGAUCCUUCAAAUUUCCUCAGGACUGCCGAGAGCUCCGUGCCCGAGGACAGCACAGCCGCCGCACCAGGCUGCGAAGCCCCCAGCCGGGACACCCUCUAA